UAUUAAAAAUUGACAACGAAUUUUCAUUUUUGUUUUUAACAUUAUUAUCAUUUGAUUUUGUAGGAUAUAGGUCAUAUUGGUCACCAUUUAUAAUGUUACUAAACGUAUUUUUAAGAUUAAAUAAAAUCCACGUUAGGAAAAAAUCAAUACUUGCUUCAUGUUUAAAAUAUAAGCAAUUCGGUGAACCGGCAGAAGUAUUAGAAAUACAACAGGAAGAAGUUACCGAUCCGGUAAAUGAUGAGGUAUUGGUAAAUAUAAUUGCUUCUCCAAUAAAUCCAGCGGAUAUAAAUACAAUCCAAGGGAAAUAUCCUGUAAAACCACAAUUUCCUGCAGUCGGUGGUAACGAGUGUGUUGCAGAAGUAGCUGCUAUCGGGCCAAACGUGACAAAAUUUAAAAUAUCUGAUAGAGUUAUACCUUUUGCGACAGGAUUAGGGACUUGGAGAACGCACGCAAAAUUUACUGAGAAAAAUCUGCUGAAAAUACCGAAAAAUAUCGAUAUAGCUAGUGCAGCUACUAUUACAGUUAACCCAUGUACGGCAUACAGGAUGCUUAAAGAUUUUCGAGAUUUAAAAGCCGAUGACGUAAUAAUACAAAAUGGAGCAAACAGUGGAGUUGGUCAGGCAGUUCAUCAACUUUGUAAUGCUUGGGGAAUUAAAUCAGUCGGAGUUGUAAGAGAUCGUCCGGAUGUUGAAAAUUUAAAACGCUAUUUAAAAGAUAUUGGAGCAACAGAAGUUUUAACUGAAGAAGAACUUCGAAAAACUGAUAUUUUUAAGAAUGUAUUGAAAAAACCAAAAUUAGGGUUCAAUUGUGUUGGGGGGAAAAGUGCGACGGAAGUUAUUAGACAUUUAGCGAAUAAAGCAACUUUGGUUACCUACGGUGGGAUGUCGAGAGAACCACUCACAGUUUCAACAGCUACUCUUAUUUUUAAGGAUAUAUCUUUUUAUGGAUUUUGGAUGACAAGAUGGAGUGAAGAAAAUUUUGAUAAUCCGAAGAGAAAGGAAAUGUUAAACGAAAUUUGUAAUUUACUUGAAUUGAAAAAAAUUAAAGCACCGAUUCAUCAAAUAAUUCCUUUAAAAGAAUUCAAAACGGCAAUGAGUGAAGCAAUGGCGUUUAAAGGUUUCACAGGAAAAAAGUUUAUAUUAAGUUUUUCUGAUAAGUAGUAAAAAAAUAUAUAUAUAGUUAAAUUUAUUU